AUGUAUGAAUAUCUAUUAAAAACUAAUUAUGAAUUCAAAAUAAAGAAUAUAAUUUAUUUAAUACACAUUCAUGCUUACAAUGGUAAUUUUAAAGAUUUUUAUGACUUAUACAAGUACUUUUUAGAAAAUAAAUCAGAUAAAAAAUAUUGGGAUCAGGAAAAAUAUAAUCAUGAAGAAAUAUUAAGAUUAAAUAAUUUUUCUAUAUUAAAUCUUUGUAUAGCUAGAGGUAUCAUGUUUAACUUGAAUUUCGCUAUCGAGAUAUAUAAAUCAGAUUUAAAAUUCAACAGAAGAAUUUUUACUGCAUUAACUCAAAAAUUUAUAAUUAAUAAUAUUCUAGUUGAUUCUUUAAUUGAAAACUUUAUUCCAAUAUAUCUAUGGAUACCUGAAAUUCCUAAUAAAGAAACAUGUUUAUAUUUACUAAACAAAUAUCCUGAAAAAUAUAAAUAUCAAAUAGCUAUAAUAAGUAUAAUAAAAAACUGGGAAGAUAUAUAUUUAAAAACAGAUAUAAAACCAGAAAUUUUUAUAGUUGAUUUAUGUCAAAAUUUAAAUAGAAAAAACAUGUAUCAAGAUCAAAUCAUUAAAAGUAAACAACAUGAUGGAUUUUAUUAUAUUAUGGAUUUUUCUGAUGAAAUUUAUUAUACUAAUACAACUAAAAAAUUCGAGAAAACUUCUACAGAUGAAGUUAAAAAUUUUAUUCUUAAAGAUAGAAAUAAUGAUGAACUUGAUGAAACUACUAAUACUAAAAUGAAUGAAAGAAAAUUAAACUUUAAUGAAGUUACAGCAUACGAUCCUCAUGAAUUAGGAAUAUAUAAUUAUAGCUACUUAAACAUAAAAGAAUUUGAAAAAUCGUUUCUUUUAAGUGUAUAUGGAAAUAUGGUAUCAUAUGAAUAUAGUAGAAGAACUGGAGAUUUCGAUGACUAA